UUUUGUUUAAUUUUACUGCUUUUUCGUUUUGUUAUUUUUAUCGAUCAUUCAUUUUUUUGACCUUUUUUUCAUUUGUAUUUUUUCCUUGUCUGCUCUUUUUGAUUUUUAAUCUCAUUUUCCAUUGGCCUAAAUCUUCGACUAUUUUUUUCAACCAAUCAUGUUUAUGAUAGCCUGGUUUGACCUGGAAUCGUUCAAGUUUACCUUUUUGUAAAUAAUUUUGUUUAGAACUUAUAUUGUCUCUCUAUAUUUCAGUUGUCUAUCAUAUUACGUAGAUUAUCAUGAAGUACAAACAGAUGCUGUCCAAACAUAUUAAUCUUGAGACACCGCAACACAUGGACUUGAUCUCUCUAAAUCACACGACAAUCGACAGCCACAAACAGUCAGUACAACUGGAAUACCACACAAACUCACUAUUGAAACCUACCGAAAGUCGAACUUUAAAUCAUCCAUUACAUCCUUCGAUGGAGUCUUUAGUUUUUGUAACAGAAAAUAAAUUAAAGGAAGAUAUUCGGGCGUUUACUACUCAGAAUACCGAAACUAGUAUUUUUCAAGAGAAUGCAGGUUCACAAUCACCAUCAAGUUACUCAAAUAUAACUAAUAAAUGUCAGAUAAAAUUAAACACUUUGUCAAAUCCUCCUAAAAUUAGAAAAAGAGAACCUUACAUCCCAAGUUAUAUGGAUCCUUUAGCUGGCCCUGAACCUUGUGUUGUUUGUGGUGAUAACGCAACUGGAUUUCACUAUCGUGCUAUGACAUGUGAAGGUUGCAAAGGAUUUUUUCGACGUUCAGUACAGAAAAAAUUGGUUUAUACUUGCAAGUUUCAAGGUCACUGCUCUGUAUCUGAUAAACAAAAUCGAAAUAGUUGUCAAAAAUGUCGCUUUGAUAGAUGCAUUAGCGGCGGGAUGGCUAAGGAUCUCGUACUUGAUGAAGAUAAACGUUUAGCUAAACGUCGUCUAAUCGAAGCAAAUCGAGCACGUAAAAGAGCUGAAGCUAUGGAAGCCUCCACUGCUGCAUGUGUUACAGAUCCAUCAAUUAAUAUACCUAAUUUUACAAAUCCUAAUUCAGUAUCAAAAUAUCAUUUCAUUCACAAUCAGCCAAUCUCUACAUCGAACACCAUCUCUAGUACACCUGUUAUUAUGUCAACGGUUCCUUAUCAUUCUACAAUCCAUCCUAAUACUCAUUUUACCAAUCAAUUUGCACUCAGUUCAACAACUGGAAGUCAGUUUAACUGUAACCCUAUUCAAACACGUUAUUUGGAGGUAACCAACAAUGAUAGCCACUCAUUUGUCGAUCCAAAAACUCCAGAUGCAACAUAUUCACCUGCAAAUGAAGCACAAUUAAUUGUACAACCUAUUCAAAGAAUCGAUAAAUUACAACUAACUACUAUGCCCAACAACAUAUACUGGAAUCCUAUAUGCGGAGCUCCGUAUAAACAGUGUUUCAUGAAUGAUGCUAGUAAUCAUGAUAACAAUAAUUCUAAAAUCCCACUUUCAUUUAAAGAAUCCAUCAAUGGAAUUCAGUUGUCUAGUGUAUCAAUGCAAAUUAACAAAACUCCAUUAUAUUCUAGUGAAGAUGGUUACUGCAACUUACCAAGUAAAUAUAAUGAUUUUAAUAGCCAACAAAGUGUGUGUACGAAUGCUGAAGAUAAUAACCGAAUUAACAAUAAUAAUGUUAAUAAUGUCCAAACAAAUACAGAUUAUGAGCCUCAACAGUAUUCUCCUAUAACACCUGAGAAAUGUCAAACAUUAUCUUGUGAUCAACCAGCGAUCAAAGAUCAUUUAUCAGUUUCAUAUCCUAAGUAUAUUAGUAUGAUGGAUUCAAAUGAUACAGUGCAUAAUGACUGCCCAUGGACAACAGAAGAUCAAAAUAUGGUUGAUUCUAUUGUUCAAGCUUAUAGUAAUAUGUUGAAUCCAAACUUCAAACGAAAGAUUGACAAUGGAGAUGUUGACAAAGAACCUGAGAAAGCUUUCUAUUCUUCAACAGAUUCAAAAAUCAGUUCACUUAUUGAACCAAUGAUUGCAUCACUUGUUGCAUUCGCCAGAUUAGUUCCUGGAUUUGAAUUGUUAGAUGCCAACGAUCAAACGCGUUUGUUACGUGGCUGCUGCUUAGAUAUUAUCACUCUACGUGCUGCGUACUUAUUAAGUCGCAUUGCUGUCUCACUUGGAAUUGUUGAUUCUAAUGGACAUAACAAGCCACAAUCUACAACAAGUCCAUUAGAUUCGGUCGAUAUUUUUGUGCAGAAUCUUCCUUCACAUCAACACAAUGUUGCGUCUGUUAUUCCAAAUAAUAUUUACCCUCAAUUAGGCACUUCUGAUGUGAAAUGUGCCCAGAUGAUUCGUGCGGUAGCAUUGAAAUUAGCUCGCCUUGAAAUCGACCAAACAGAAGUUGCAUUAAUGACAUCUAUUUUAUUAAUGUCCCCAGAUCGUUUUGGCUUAACUGACUGUGAAACUGUCGAACAUACUCAGGAUAUUUUAUUGGAGACGUUCAAUCGUUAUGCUAAUCGUAUUCGAAAAAUUCGUUCCAAUCGAAUGAAUCAUAAUAACAUGUCAAGUCGUUCAGUUAACAUCAAUGGAAUUUCACAACAACAACAACAACAGUACUGGCCGAGGAUUCUCAUGGCUUUAACUGAAUUGCGUUCAAUUACGUUGUGCAACCAAGGUUUAUUUGUGGAAAAAGCCUACGGCAAUACAACUGAACAGUUGCCAUGGUAUUUUCAUGAGUUAUUCACCGGAGACUUUAUAAUUCAAGAGACUAAUAUUUAUAGCUUUGAGCGUGGCAACAAUAAUGACAAUAAUAAUAAUUUGUGUUGAAUGUAAAGCGCCUAACCCUUUAUGAAAAUAUCAAGGUAUACCAGUAUUGCUCAUUGUUAUUAUUAUUAUUAUCGUUAGACUUGCAAGUGAAUAUGUAGAUAAACAGUGAACUAUGCUUAUAAUGCUUUUAUUUCGUCUCAUUUUCACUUGUGUCAUGCCUUUCUCUGUGAGUUUUUUUCUUCAUUUCUAUGUUGUUACUUUGUUUCAUUUUUUAACUUACAAUGUGUUUUAUUUUGUUAUCUGUAUAUUACUCACCAUUUUCUCUUCCUCUUUGUGUUAAUUACAUAAUAUCAUUCUACAAAAUGAUAUAUCACCAUUCUUUGACAAUAAGUAAGGAAACUAUUAUAACAACAGAAUAGUAGUAUUUGUUUGUUCGUUAUUUUGAUGGAAAAAAAUUACUCCUCAUUUCACUAACAUACCAUUUAAAUUAUAUUGAUUUUAGUAAAUAAAAAGACGAAAUUUGUACAAUGACUUAAAGUGAUGUGUAUGUACUUCAAUUCAUUUGAUCUAGAGCUUCACGUUCAUAAAAAUCUUCGUUUAUUUCGUCAAAUACUUUUUUAGAUUAGUUAGGAUUUUUUUCUAUUUUCUGUCUACCUCUACAGGAUAUUGACAAUAGAAUUUUUAUUUAAGUAUUAAUACACAGUGAAAUGUGUCAUUUGGUCUCAGUACUACUAGUGAUUCAUUUUAUAUUCUUAAUUAUUACUUUCGAUUAAAUGCAUAUUAAUAAAUGUACUACUACUACUACUAUUAUUAUUAUUAUUAUU